GUCAUGGUGGAGGUCAGCUGUUGAAAUGGUUGAGCGUCAAAGUAGACAGAGGUCCGGUGGAAUUUGGCAAUUCCUAUUAAGAUACACUCUGAAAGAAAACAAGAAGAUGUUUGCUGGCUUUUCAUCGAUUUAGAAGCCAUGGGAGUUCACGGACUUUGGAGGCUGCUGGAGAGCACAGGGAAACCCAUCAACCCUGAGACACUGGAGGGAAAGAUUCUUGCUGUCGAUAUCAGUAUAUGGCUGAAUCAGGCAGUGAAGGGCGUGCGGGACCGUGACGGCAACAGUGUCCACAACGCCCACCUCCUCACUCUCUUCCACCGCAUCUGCAAGCUGCUCUUUUUCCGCAUCCGCCCGGUCUUUGUGUUUGAUGGUGAUGCGCCACUAUUGAAGAAGCAAACGCUGGCAUUGAGGAGACAGAGGAAGGAAGAGUUGAGCCAAGAGUCCAAAAAGACGAAUGAGAAGCUCCUGAAGACUUUCCUGAAGAGACAAGCUAUCAAAGCUGUGCUUGGAGACAAGAAUAAGGAGCCGCUACCCAGCCUCUCCAAUGUGAGGAGGAACGAGGAGGAUGACAUGUAUGUUCUACCAGCUCUGCCGCCUGCAGAGGAGGAGUCCAAAAACAGCUCAGAAGAGGAGGAAGAGAAAGACGGUGAGGAUAUGGCGGAGCAGAUGUCUGAGGAGGAAGAGCUGUACCCAGACCCCAACUCUGUGGACAUCAACUCUGAGGAGUUCGCCUGCCUUCCUUUGGAGAUGAAACAUGAGCUACUCAAAGACAUGAAGGAGUUUUCCAAAAGACGCAGAACCCUCUACCACAAACCUCCCGAGCUGUCUGCUGACUUCUCUCAGUACCAGCUGGCCGGCUUGUUGCACAGGAACAAGCUGAAUCAACGUCUGGAAGGAGUGGAGAAAGAGAUGAACCAGAGCAGUUCCGGCAGCACGGCGCAGCUCUACGGGAAGGACCAAGAGAGUCUCGACGUUGAGUCGCGUCGACUUGUCUCCGAAGAUAACUCCCACUACAUCCUCAUUAAAGGCUCCAACAAAACAAAAAAUCCUCCCGAGAGCCAGCCUGCUACGGCCGCAUGGACUGGGAAUUCAGCCUUUCAAAAGCGAGCAGUGGACAAGCCGGAGCCUCUUUGGCAACCGGUGUCAGAGGAAGAAGAUAAAAAGCAAGUUUCUUUGUCAGAAGACUGUAAGCCUUCAGUGUCAAAACAAGCGUCGCCACCUUCGCCUCGCACACUGAAGGCUAUCCAGGCGGCCAUGAGCGACGACUCUGAUGUGGAAUCGAACGUGGAGCAGGAGAGGACAGACGGUCGCAUUUCUCCACGUACGAUGCUCGCCAUCCAACAAGCUCUGGCUGAGGAGGAGGAAGAAGCAAAGCACGGGACAAUGAGCAGCAGCUCUACCGCUAAGUCACAAAUAGUAAUCAGCAGCUCUGACGAAGAAAAAGAACCAAUCAGAGAAAAGUCUGACCUUACAAAGAUCCCUGCAGCCAAAACGGGACCUGGUGACUUGUUAGGUGUUAGCUCGGAAGAUAUGGACCAAGUCAUUGGAAAGAGAAACAAAGCUUUUCACUUUGCAGCAGAUAUUUGGGAAUCGAACGCGGAAUGUUAUGGUGGGGUGAAGAACGAGGUGCUUGAAGCCAAACUGGAGGAUGUAAGGACAGGAAGUCCUAGUCCGACAAAGAAAGUCGAUGAGAGAGGAGACUCGGCGCUGGGUCUGACGUUUGAGAAGGAGCAUCACGUCCAUCCUGAGGCUCGCGUGUCGGUGCAGCUGCGUGAAAAACCUGAGCAACGGACUAAUGAAUCCAUCGGCGAGGAAGAGAGCGAAUCAGAAGACAGCUUCUUUGAAGUAUCAGAGGACGACCACGAAGAGGAGGUCCGUGAAGAUCAGACCACGCAAAGAGCAGGAAGUCCGUCCAAAGCACCCGGAAGCCCUGCAGAGUCUCUGAAGUCGGAGGAAGAAGAAGACGAUGAAAUGCACACCGAGGUGGAAGAAGUGUUGGAGGAGUCCCGCCCUCCUCCUGCAGUCAACGAAUGGGACGAUUUGGAUGUGGCUGAGCUGCAGUCUCUGGAGAGUUGCCUGCAGGUGGAACAGAGCAGCCUGAGGGAGCAGAAACAGCAGCAGGAGAGGAUGGCCAACUCCGUCACAGGGCAGAUGUGCCUUGAGACGCAGGAGCUCCUGCGGCUGUUUGGAAUUCCCUUCCUCGUGGCGCCGAUGGAGGCAGAGGCGCAGUGCGCCGCGCUGGAUCGAACCGACCACACCAACGGGACCAUCACGGACGACUCCGAUGUCUGGCUGUUUGGAGGGCGACACGUCUACAAGAACUUCUUCAGCCAGAACAAAUAUGUGGAGCACUACCAGUUCAGUGACCUCCAGAAUCAGCUGGGUUUGGACAGGAUCAAACUCAUCAACCUGGCGUACCUGCUGGGAAGCGACUACACGGAGGGCGUGCCCGGGGUGGGUUAUGUGACCGGCAUGGAAAUACUGAAUGAGUUCCCAGGCCCUGGACUGGAGCCACUCACAGAGUUCAGCAAGUGGUGGUCGGAGGCUCAAGAGAAAAAGCGUUUGACCGCCAAUCCUCGCGACACCAAAGUGAAGAAGAAGCUGAGGGAGCUCAAACUUCAGCCUGGCUUCCCAAACCCUGCGGUGGCUCAGGCGUACCUGCAGCCCGCCAUCGACCAAUCGGACGGCUCCUUCAGCUGGGGGCGCCCGCAAUUGGACAUGAUCAAAGAUUUCUGCCAAACUCGUUUUGGUUGGAGCGCUCAAAAAACCACCGAGACUCUUCAGCCCGUGAUCAAGCAGCUCAACACUCAGCAGACCCAGCUGAGGAUCGACUCCUUCUUCCGCAUGGAGCAACAGGAGAAGCAGGCCGUCCAAAGCCAGCGACUCCGCCGUGCCAUCACCUGCAUGAAGAGGAAGGAGAGAGGCGAGGAGGAAGACGACGAAGAAGCAAUCGUGUCUCCGUCCAAACCCAAGAAGGGCAAGACCACGGAGCAGAAGAAAGGUGACGAUGGUGACGGAUGUGUGGUCAGAGGAGGGUUCUUAAGUUCACAAGGAAGUGAAGAAACUGGGAUUGUGAGCGACUCCACUCAGGACCGCUCCAGGGAUACAAAGAUAGUACCGCAGAACACGAGUAGGAGGAGUCACAGCAGCUCCGGCGAGGACAGCGAAGACGACAAUUAUGCGCGGGUUGCUAUGGUUACGGCACGAUCCGUGUUUAAGGCGAACGUGAGAGGACGCGGCGCAAAAAGCAAGAGAGGGAGAGGAAGGGGAAAGAAAAACUAAAAACAGGAUUUAUUUUUUAUUUUUUACUUUUAGUAGUUUAUUUUAAACAUGUCAAAAAACAAAUAAUAAUAAU